AUGUUCGGGCGUUUUCCCUAUCCUUCCAUUCCUGGCUGCUUCGGCAACUAUCUAGUCUUUAUCCCUAGUGUAACGGCGUCCAGUCGGGCCAAUGAGAGCAGUGCGGCGGACAGGGCGUCCAGUCGGGCCAAUGAUAGCAGUGCGGCGGACAAGCAGCCGUCGCAUGGCAGGGACCCCGGGUCGUGGCACGGCAGUCGCAGGGACCAAGUGCACUACACCGGCGGCGCUGCCUCCCAUAAAAGGCAAGGCAUUUGGCGCCUCUAUACUUUCCUUGGCGUCUUUACCCGCGACCGCAUUGGUCCUGAAAGCAACUCUGCCCUUCGUCUCGUUCCAUCUCCUCGUUAUUGGCCAAUCGUUCAUUUCUUCCAAUGCUUUUGGCGUUCCCCAUCUCACAACCUCCCCUCUCCUGGCGGCUUCCCCCUUCUCACGUCUCUCCCGACGUCCCCCGCGUGUGAGGCCAGGCAGCGAGAGGAGCCGAGCGAGUCAAACAGCAACAAGGCCAAUCAGGAGAAGAUGCGCUGCGACCGACUCAACGACAGGUUCGAGGAGUUGGCGCGGGCGCUGGAGAGGAGCGAGCUGGCGCGCGCGGACAGGGGGAGCAUUCUGGUGGACGCCGUGCGCGUGCUGGCGCAGCUGAGGGCGGAGACGAGCCGGCUGAGGGGCUCCGCGGAGCACAUGAGCGAGCAGAUCCAAGAGCUCAAGGCGGAGAAGAGUGAGCUGAGGGAGGAGAGGGCGCGCCUGCUGGCCAACAAGCAGCAGCUGGAAGACGAGGUCCGCCGCUUGGCCGCAUCUGGUGCCGCCCAAUCCACGGCCGCCACUUCAGCAGCAGUAUCGAUGGUUUCUUCAGCCGCCCGGCAGGCAGCUGCUGUUUCUCCUCCUCUUGGCCGGGCAAGCUGGGCCCAAUGGGAGCACCCAUGGGCUUGA